GCCCACUCAAACUCGCUUUGUCGUCUGUAAUGAUGUCAUCACACACCUCAGUAACUAACAAGUAACAAUCCUCAUGCCGCAGAGGAACCAGCUACUCGCUGUUCGCACUUCCAUUCAUCACACCGUACACACCCCAUCAGAACCGUCGGAUCAUCAGGUCAACUCUCUAGUCUUUUCAAUCGACGGUUUGCAUGAAUAUGCCUCGGCCGGUUUCAUAUUUCACCUGUGCAGUUCAUUCGGCAAGCACAAGAAAAACAGUACAAAAAAACCCUCGGUCCCUCGACUUCCUCACCUAAUCUUCCGCAUUUCUUCCUUCUCCAACAUUGAUUCUCCCGACCGACGAGAUGAAGGCGGCUCUGAAGGGAAGAUACGGCGACGGCAAGAGCACCGCCGCCGCAACGCUCGUCGUCAACGCAGGGGAUGUCAAGCUCCGGGCUUCCCUGACCGACGCCACCGUCGCUAAUGGCCCCAGCUUGAACGGCUUGGCUUUAGCCGUUGAGAAACCGGGAUUCUUCAGCGUUGACUACAACGUUCCCAAGCAGGAUGUCUGCUUUCGGUUUAUGAAUACGGUUAGAGUUGCAGAUAAACCCUUAAAUUUGACUUACAUUCAUAGCAGAGGGGAUAACAGGACUAUCCUGGACGGAAGUCUUGUAAUUGACUCAUCUAACAAGGUGUCCAGUAACUAUGUGGUUGGUACUGGAAAUUGCAAGUUGAAGUACACUUACACUCAUGGGGGUUUGACUACAUUUGAGCCGACCUACGAUUUGGCGAAGAAUACAUGGGAUUUCGUGGUCUCGCGGAGAGUUUAUGGGGAUGACGUGUUUAGGUCUACGUAUCAAACAUCGAGCAAGAAUUUGGGGUUGGAGUGGUCAAGGAACUCGAAGCUUAAUGGGAAUUUCAAGGUUUCUGCAUCUGUCAAUUUGGCCGAGGAAGCAAAAAUGCCAAAACUAAUCGCGGAAACCACUUGGAACAUUGAGAUGUGAUAUGCUUUCUGGGGAGAAUUGAGUAACCGCUCAGAAUGUUCCGUCAUUUGAGACGGUUGUGUCGGGCAUUAAGGGGGGAAUGACCCGUAAGUGUCCAAUGUUCUUGACAGUUUCUUGUUAUCCUUGUACUUUUACUGCUGUCCAUAAUUCUUAAUCUUACUCAGCUAGAUGGGGGGGUUGAGCUCUGAAGAUUGAGUCCAUUGUUAGAACUUUGCUAGUGCCCCUCCUACAUCUUUACAAUACUUCCGAUUAUACACUGAACCUUCGAUAUUACCGCAUCUUAUCGUCAGGUUUGUUCUGACAAAUUGAGUUGAAGCUGGUGGCAAAACCUAUCUAUCAGAUUUUGAUGAAGUUUCCACGACCAUUGAUCUUUUAUCUUUCGUAAUGCUUUGUGCGCGUGUUUGGUGUGAAAGAGAGUGGAGACUGUAGAGUACAAGAGACUGGUCUAGAACAGCAAUACUCGUUGCCUUUGGGUAGCUAACGAAGUAGUUUAUAUUCAAGCAUAUGGUUGCAAGUACACGUUACUAUGCAAUUUGUCUAUAGCUCGGUAUUGUCAUAGUUUGGAAUGGGAAGGGAGGUUCUCCCUCGGUUAUGUCGGCAAAUCGAAGAGGGAUUUUCCCCCCAAAUUCUUUAAAAAAUUCUCAAAUAUAAUAAUUUUAAUAAGAAUUUCUAAAAUGCACAUGUUUCCACCAAGUCGCUUCCGACAUAGGCCAUCUACAUGAUCGUGUUUGGAGAGAAAGGUGAUCAUGUAUAAAUUGUCUUACUGUGAAGCGAUGAUACUUAACUCACUUCCGAGGAUAGCGAUCAAAGAGUUAAUCUCCUACCAAAACAACGAUUUAUUAUAUCAUCGUCGGUGGGUAAAGCGAUCAACUAAAUCGCUUCCAAGGAAAGGGAUCAAUAUUACAUCACUGUCCUCCACCGCGAUUUUAUUUCAACACGAGGUUAGGGUUGGCGCAUUGUUUUUUCCACGAGGUUGAGGUUAUGGUUGGUGCAACAAUUUGCACUUGAUCGUUUUUGUUACAAGCGAUAAACUUAAAUCGCCUUUGUCUUGAGCGAUCAGUAUUGGGCACAAGGUUAGGGUUAGUUGCAGCGACCUAUGCAUGAUCACCUUAGUUGAAAGCGAUCUUGCAUUGGCCGCUUUACCCUGAAGCGAUCUUGCAUUCAUUUGAUUCUAAUAUAACAAUACGACCCCAACACCCUAUACUCUUAUUUCUCCAUUUCUCCACCUUCGUAGCAGAAACUUCCAUCUUCUUCACCACAAUUACAGAAAAUCUCAUGGCCACACCAGAAUUCCAUUCCCUCGUCAUGACCAUAAGAAAUGUCUGGAUUUGUUUAGUAUGGUAAUGUUUAAAUAGUUGUGUGUUUGUGAUUCACUAAUUACGCAUGGUGUUAAUAAUGCUAAAUAUCAUGUUAGUAUGGUAAUGUUUAGUAUGGUCAUGUUUAAGUAAUUGUGUGUUUGUGCUUCAUUAAUUACGCAUCAUGUUGAUUAUGCUGAAUAUUCAUAUUAAAGCUUAAAUUAUUGUGGCUUAUAGUUUUGGAUGUUAUAUGUAAUCGUUAGUUAUUUUAAAUUGCGGAUUUGGGUAGAUUUGGAAAGUUCCAGCUUCUUAUUCGUUGGAAUGGUAGUGUGACAAACUCUCAAAGGGGGAUCGGGAAAGUGGAAGGUAUGUGUCUCAGGACGCCACUGCACCUCUCUUACACAGCCGUGAGUAGCUCGUUGUCAAUCUCCAUCUUCAUGAAGCAUCUCACCCUUUCCAACCCCCACCUUUUCUAGAUAGGACGCAAGUCGGGCGUGAAACUGGGGCAAGCGCUCAGUCCCUCUAUGGAUGGGAACAAGUGAUUCCUACGAAAAAAUGCAGAAAGUAAGUUUUAUAGCGACAUUUUAAAAUAAUUAAAAAACAAGAUUUUGAAGG